CCGGCGCGUUUCCAGCGGGUUGUUGCAUUUUCGCCGCGGCAGUAAAAGCUAUUUAUCUGUGUCCGCUCGUGUUGAACGGACCUUAGGCAGAAUAUUCAAAACACGUCUCUACACGCCGCCGUCGUCAAAGUGGAUUAUGGCCAGUGCGGAGGGGAGCAAACUUUGGGGCGGUCGUUUCGUGGGAGACACGGAUCCGGUCAUGGAGAAGUUCAACGCGUCCAUCGCCUACGACCAGAGGAUGUGGGACGCUGACAUCCGCGGCAGCAAGGCGUACGUGAAGGCGCUGGAGAAGGCGAAGCUGGUCACCGCGCACGAGAUGGAGCAGAUUCUACAGGGCAUGGAUCAGAUUUCUGAAGAGUGGUCUAAAGGUGUUUUUGUGAUCAAACCUGGGGAUGAAGACAUUCAUACUGCCAAUGAGCGCAGGCUAAAGGAGCUGAUUGGAGCUCCUGCAGGGAAGCUUCAUACUGGUCGGAGCAGAAACGACCAGGUGGUCACCGACAUGAGGCUGUGGCUGCGGGACGCCAUCUCAACCCUCACAGAGCAUGCGCUGCAGCUAAUAUCCACCAUGGUGGAGCGGGCUGCAGCUGAGAUCGACGUCCUGCUUCCCGGCUACACCCACAUGCAGCGAGCCCAGCCGAUACGAUGGAGCCACUGGAUCCUAAGUCACGCUGUGGCUCUGAGCAGAGACGUGGACCGGCUUAGUGAGAUCAAGAGAAGAGUUAAUGUUCUACCUCUCGGCAGUGGCGCCAUUGCUGGAACUCCGUUUGACAUCGACAGGGAGCUGCUGCAGAAAGAGCUGGCGUUCGGUGGGCUCAGUCUCAACAGCCUGGAUGCCACAGGCCAAAGGGACUUUGUUGUGGAGUUCUUGUUCUGGGCGUCCCUGUGUUUGACCCAUCUCAGCAAGAUGGCUGAGGACCUGAUGCUGUACAGCACAAAGGAGUUCUCCUUCAUCACGCUGUCCGAUGCCUACAGCACAGGCAGCAGUCUGAUGCCCCAGAAGAAGAAUCCCGACAGUCUGGAGCUGAUCAGGAGUAAAGCGGGUCGCGUCUUUGGCCGAUGUGCUGGAUUCAUGAUGACACUAAAGGGGCUGCCCAGCACCUACAACAAAGACCUGCAGGAGGACAAGGAGGCCAUGUUUGACUGCUAUGACACUGUCCAUGCUGUGCUGCAGGUGACAACCGGAGUCAUGUCAACCCUCAAGAUCCACCAGAGUGUGAUGGAAGCGGCUCUCAGCCCUGACAUGUUGGCUACUGAUCUGGCUUACUACCUUGUGAGGAAGGGGGUGCCGUUCAGAGAGGCCCAUAGUAUCUCUGGCAAAGCUGUGUUUGCAGCCGAGUCUAAAAGCGUUUCUCUGAAUCAGCUGACUGUCGAAGACCUGGCUGCUGUCAGCCCCCACUUUGGCGGCGACGUCUCGUCCGUGUGGGACUACAGCAGCAGCGUGGAGCAGUACGCUGCUGCUGGCGGCACGGCGAAGAGGAGCGUGGCUGCACAGGUGGAGCACCUGAGGAACUGGGUCAAGGCCCAGACACGACUGUAAACGGGGGAAUCGGGUUUACUGCCGCAGCUUGGAUACGAAUGCAGCGUCAGACUGAGGUCAAAGUAUCUGUUCUAAUAACAUGUUACAUGGAUGUAAUGUUACAGAGGGAUUUUGAGUCUUUCACACAUUUGAAAGACCUGAGCAGGUGAAAAAUAAAGAAUUGGUACUGA